GCUGGUUUGCUGUUUCUCCACCCCUUUUUCUCGUCGUGGUUUUUCACUUUGUGCUCCCUUGCCAAUCGUGCCAAUCAUGCCAAUCUUUGGCAAGGAUUUCAUAUUAAAUCAUGGGUAUGGCCCGGGGUUGGGUUUCCAGGUCGUUCCUUCGUUCUUUCGCUCUUUUCUUUUGUGUUCUGCGGCACCAUGCGCGCUGUAUACCGAUAGAACACCGACCGACCGACCGCCGACCGAGAAACACAACUAGAUAAUAGCACCAACACUCGCCCAUGGCGACAUUAUUCCACCCUCGCCGUCCGCCAGGCCGUCGCAUCCCCUGGGUCUGGCCUCUCCUGGGCUUCUUAUUCACACUGUAUCUGUUUUUCGGCCGUUCAGACUCCUCUUCAUCGGCCAACAACAAUUCUUCCGCCCGACCGGACCACGCCCCGCAUAAUGCCACGGCCCCAUGCCCUUCCAUCCCCGGCAUGGAGGAUAUCCUCGUCAUCCUAAAAACCGGCGUCACAGAAGCGCGCGACAAAGUGCCCACGCACCUGCAAACCACCCUCCGCUGCGUCCCCAACUCCGUCAUCUUCUCGGACUACGCGGAGGAAAUCGACGGCGUCCCGGUCCACGACGUCCUGCGCAACAUCCCAGACCCCGUCAAGUGGAUGAAUUCGGAAUUCAACGUCUACCAGCGCGUGCGACAGGCCGGGCGAGCGGCGCUGACACGCGCGGACCUGAACGAGGACGUGAAUACGGUGUUCGGCAAACCGAAUAACCCAGGGUGGAAGCUCGAUAAGUGGAAGUUCUUGCCGAUGAUCGACGAGGCGCUGCGCCAUCCGAAGAAGGCGAAAUGGUACGUGUUCAUGGAAGCGGAUACAUAUUUCGUGUGGUCAAAUUUGGUCGCCUGGUUGGCGCAGUUGGAUCACCGACGCCCGUAUUAUCUAGGCAAUCAGAUGCAGAUCCUAGAUGUGUUGUUUGCGCACGGCGGCUCGGGGAUCGUCCUGUCGCGACCGGCGAUGGAAAGGGCGGCCGAGACGCGACGCAGGGACGUCGCGCGGUGGGACAGCAUCACGCGCGAGAACUGGGCCGGCGACUGCGUGCUGGGUCAGUUGCUCGCUGAGUCCGGGGUGGGAUUGCUCUGGUCGUGGCCGGCGCUGCAGAUUGGGCCGCCGUCCGAGUUGGAUUAUUUCUCGCCGGAUUACUACAAGACGCCGUGGUGUUAUGCGCCCGUCACGUUCCAUCAUUUGACGCUCCCCGAAGUCGACCGUCUCUGGCACUUGGAUCGCGAGUGGUUCGCCGGUGGCAAGGACUUGUUGCUCUAUCGCGAUGUGUUCCUGCAGGUCGUCCGGCCGCAGUUGACCGGCGUGCGGUAUGAUUGGGAUAAUCGGGUUGCGCCGCAGAAUUCCAUAUCGAGUCGCAGUCGCAGUGCGGUCGAGUGUCGGCGCAAGUGUCUGUCGGACCCAGAUUGCGUACAGUAUUCGCAGCAGGCUGAUACGUGCUGGGUGUCUGCAACAGCGAAGUUGGGAAGUGCGGCGACGGGCAUCAGUUCGGGCUGGAUCCCGGAGAGAAUCGAUGCUCUGGUGCAGGAGAUGGGUUCGUGUCCGCAGGCACUGUGGGUGGUCUAGAUGGAUGGUAAUGGUUUACGCUUCAUGUAUAUAUAUUCGACUUAUUAUUUAGAUUUGGGUAAUUCGAAGAUUAAGGAUUCUACAGA